GGUUAAAACAAGACAGAGGAAUUACAUGCGCGGAGAAAGUUGUGAUUUUUCACAGAGACAAAAGAAGAAGCUGAAAGAGACAAAACCAAAGACAGAAGGAUACAGGAGCUGGGCUUUGAAGAACCCACUUUAUCCCCUUCACUUUGAGUCAAACUAAGAAGAGAAAUACCUCAUAAUUUAUUAAACCUGGAAACCUGAAAACCCCCAAAGGAACAGUUUCAGACUGUGGCUUCAACCUGUGUCUCCUACAUCAUAAUCUUCAGCACUGUAGCUCUAAAAGGCUUUAUCUUUCCAAAAAUGCGCCUCGAGACGGUUUGAGAAUCCGUUUUACAAACUCCAGUGUGGAUUACACCGCUGCUAUUACCUCAGCCUGACCUCGACCUUCACCAAGUAGCAGAGUGCAGAAGGCUGGAACAAUGCCCGAUUCACCUGCAGAUGUGAAAGCCCAGCCCAGGUCCACCCCGCCUACCAUGCCUCCUCCACCUCCGGCUGUCAGCCAAGCAACCAACCGCACCGCUUCAUUCACCCCCACCACAAGUAAAUCAAUGUUGAACGGAAGUAGUCACUCUCCCACGUCACUGAAUGGUGCUCCGUCCACCCCAAACGGCUUCAGUAACGGUCCAGCCAUGUCCUCCACCGCGUCCCUGUCAAACCAGCAGCUGCCCCCAGCGUGUGGAGCCCGGCAGCUCUGCAAACUCAAGCGCUUCCUCACCACCCUACAACAGUUUGGCAAUGAUAUAUCACCUGAGAUAGGAGAGAGAGUGCGCAGUCUGGUGCUGGGACUAGUGAACUCGACGCUCACAAUUGAGGAGUUUCACUCUAAACUUCACGAGGCCACAAAUUUCCCUCUGAGGCCUUUUGUCAUUCCUUUCCUGAAGGCAAACCUACCUUUGCUUCAGAGAGAGUUGCUCCAUUGUGCGAGGCUGGCCAAGCAGACUCCGGCUCAAUAUCUGGCGCAACACGAGCAGCUUCUCCUGGACGCCAACGCCAGUUCGCCCCUGGACUCUUCGGAGAUCAUGUUGGAGAUGAAUGAGCAUGGCAAAAGAAGGACCCCAGAUAGGACCAAAGACAGCUCAGACAGAGACCUCCACCCGGAACACCUGGCGAAGAGGCCGUGCACCAUCAGCCCCAGCCAGCGCUUCAGCCCCAGCACGGGACUCCCCGCUCACCCGCCCCCCAACGGCCUCUCCACGCACCCACCCAACGGGCUGUCGCACCCGCCCAACCCCCAAGUGGGACCCCAGCACUACCGCCUGGAGGACAUGGCCCUGGCGCACCAGUACAGAGACGCUUAUAGACACGGCGAACACCGAGAUGGGCGGGACAGGCACCGACAGACAGCUGUGCACGGAGCGCGCCAGGAGGAAGUGAUCGACCACCGGCUUACGGACAGAGAGUGGGCAGAGGAGUGGAAGCACCUGGAUAAUCUCUUGAACUGCAUCAUGGACAUGGUUGAGAAGACGCGGCGCUCGCUGACGGUGCUGCGCCGGUGCCAGGAGGCCGACCGCGAGGAGAUGAACCACUGGAUCCGGCGUUACAGUGACGUUGAGGAGAUGAAAAAAGGUGGGAGUAACGGACCGCACUGCCUUCCUCCUCUUCCUCCUCCUCACCACAACUCCUCCAACACAACUAGCAGCAGCGAGCCACUGCCCCUAGGAACCAACUCGGCCGCUGAAAGGCAGACAGGCAGACAGACAGAGAUCCACAGAGACUUCUUGCAUAGGCCUCCCUCGGGAUACCUGCCUGAAGAAAUCUGGCGGAAAGCUGGUACUACUACCACUACUACCACAAGCAUCCCGCUCUCCCCAGCACUAAAGCACCUCCAAAACAAGCAGGAGGAAGCGGUGAACGAGGUGAAACGUCAGGCCAUGUCGGAGCUGCAGAAGGCGGUGUCCGACGCGGAGAGGAAAGCCCACGAGAUGAUUUCUGCUGAGCGCUCUAAAAUGGAGAGAGCCCUGGCCGAAGCAAAGAGACAGGCCUCCGAGGACGCACUAACAGUCAUCAACCAGCAGGAGGACUCCAGCGAGAGCUGCUGGAACUGUGGGAGGAAAGCGAGUGAGACGUGCAGCGGCUGUAACACGGCGCGCUACUGCGGCUCUUUCUGCCAACACAAAGACUGGGAGAAGCACCACCACGUGUGCGGCCAGGGCCUGCAGGGUCUGCCCGGGGGCAGCGGCGUCCCUCUGGGCACGCCCUCCUCCAGCUCGUCCACCUCCUCCAGCGCGCCCCCCACCCACUCAGAGAGCACCCCGCCCGGCCCCCUGUCCCUGGCAGCUCAGAGCAGUAUGGCCGCCGGGGCGGGUAGCGGCAGCGCGAGUGUCUCUGCCAGCCCAAAGGAGAGCAGUUCCAGCAGUGCCUCUCGCUCCACGACCCCAGCCACGCCUGCGCUCUUGGACGCCACCUCUCGCUGACCUCUGACCUUUGAACUCUCCUGUUUACUGAUGAGACAGUGCCCACACUCCACUAAACCAAACUGAGGAAUCUCCAUCGCACUACGCUCCCGCUCUUUCCUUGUUUCCCCUUGAGAGUAUUUAGACUUUGUCCAAAUGCAUCCCUCUGAAUUUCAGAAACAUAUCAGUUUUGUUCAGCCAAAAUAUGAGUAAAACUUGAAGAAUCGCCCUCAAUGAUGAUGAAUGAUGUCCUCAGAAGGACACAAGACAAGGGCUGUUGAACUGCAGCAGUUAUAUGGAAAGAAUAAAGCACUUGGGUAGGAUUUCCCUUUAAUUUAGUCAAUUUUAAGUGAAUGACACCCAGCCUUGAGACGUGCACUACUAAUUCAAACCAUUUACUUUAAUAGCGACAGGAGAUAUAAGUUUUCUGUCUUUUAAAACAGAGGGAAACCUGUGGUGCGAUUCAUUCCUCAGACAAACAACUUAGUAUUUAUUUAGUUCUUUCUGGCUUUAAGGGAAAUGAGAAGUCCAAAUAUUCUACGUAAAGAAUAAUGAUGAUGAAGAUAUGAAACAAAUAAAUUUUAAACUGCUAACUACCUUGCUAGCGAGCCAAGAAAUCUACACCGGACUCACCUCUCUGCACCAUUGUGAACCCAAAUGAAUUCAAAGAUGACAAAUAAUAAACCUGAUCCAAACUUUUGUAUUACACUGCCAAAGUGAGUAAGUAAGCGAUAAAGGAGAAGCACUCAUAACCAAACGCUAAAGCAACACCACCUCCUCAGCAGGAAAAGCCACUCUUGAGAAGACUAAGCCGUAGUCAAUCAAUGAUGGCCCAGACUGUGAACAAGGACUAUGCUGUGAACUACAAGAGAGACUUCAUGGAUUAGAUUAAACCCUGCCACAUUGUGAUUUAGGUAAACGGUAACCAAGAGUAGACAAAACCAGGAGAAAGGGAAGACAGCCUCAAAGGAUCUCUGGAGCUGCCAAAAACCUCAACUUAGUUUGCAUAAAAACUUGCAAAUUGUUUGUAAGUUGUUUUUUAAAAAGCUCCAACGCAACACGGAAUAGCUGUUACCUUUACCAUCCUUUUCCAAAGCAUGAGACAAAUAGAGCAUAUCGAAGUGAACGGCGGUGUAGACUUGGUUCUCCUCUUUCUACCUCCCCUCCGCCCCAAAUCUUCCUUUGACGCUCUUCCCUAAAGACUACAAACAUGGACGCCCAAAUCUCCCUGAAUCCUGCUUUGGACUUUGCCUCACAUUGCAGUGGGAAACACACAGGACUAUUACUUGCUUGUAGAUAUUGUUCCUCUUUUCAACUUUUCGAUAAUGUCUCUUGUCGCUGAUGUCCACAUGUGCUGCCCAAUUGUGUAUAUUCUGAGAAAUGGACUUUGUUUUCGUUCAACUACUUUUUUUGUUUCAUUUCAUUCUUGUCAGUUUGAAAAUGAGCAGUGAAGUCGAGAGUUAGGACGCUCUUUGAAGGGUUGUACUUAUUGUUUGAUUUGUUGUAUCUAUAUUAAUGAUGAAAUGAAAGCCCACUUGUAGAAUAUUUUGUACUGCUCGCAUUGUAAGACAGUGAGAGGACAGAGGUGCAAUAUGAAGAGAAUUCAGCUACUGAAUGGAACCUCAACAACUGCCCAUAGGGUGUCAUAUAAUAUAGAUACAUAUAAAUAUAUUUAAAACAUCAGUAACUUAAUUAAUGUGAAUGUACAUAGUAUUUAAUGAGGUCCAAAAAUGUGUUUGCCAAAUAACAGAAACCUUUAAGGAUUAAAGUCAAGAAUAUGAUUUUUGUUCACAGUACAUUUGUUUCUUUGAUUUUUUUAUUUUUUAUUUUUUUCUCUCAAUCUCAUUAAAACUGAAAAAGAUGACCCAAUGUGGAAGAGAUUGUUUGGAACAGAGGAAAUGGCUCCAAGGAUGAAAACAGAGCAAGAAUAGACACUGUCAAUCUUCCCUCUAACCCUCAUUGUUAGAAAAUUCAAAUUGUGCUUCGUAAAUUAUUUAGCAGCACAUUCAAAACAAAAGGGAAUCUGAAAAUAUUGAAAUCUCUGUCGUUUUUUUCACAUUUAAUGACUGAUUUGAAUAUGACGUGCAAACAGUCCCCUUGUGCAUGUCUCGUUAUGUCCAGUAAGAUGCAAGAAAAGUGCAUUUUGCAUCAUUUGAAGUAAUAAACCAGUGUUAAGCUAAAGCUAAUUUGACACCCAGCCAUAUGAAAUACUUUGACUUUACGUUUAUACAGUUUAAGCUAACAACCUUCCCAGAUUUAUGGUCACCCCUUUAAGUCCAUUCUAUAACAAAACGUGGACCAAAACGUGAAAAAAAAAAUAUUUUGGCAUCGCAGACGAUAGGAAAAGUACUUAUUAAAUGCAUAGACUUGUGCCAUUUGCUUCUUGGCCUUCACUGAUCACUCGUCAUGACCCGUUCACACACCAGCUACCUCCAGUGACCAUACAGCUAACCACCAGGAAACAUUGGCCUGGUUUUUUGUAAAGCACGGCCGAAAUGCAGACAUGGACUCACACGAGAUAAAAAAUAGCGAAAGGAGUUGUCAGUUUGCGAGUAAGACGCCGUUUUCACAACAUAUUGACACGAGUCGACCCUCCAUGACAAACACUACGACUCCACGCAGACAUGUAGUACUGUGCAAAGGUUUUUGGGAAGCGGAGUGCUUUAAAAACCCAUUUGAAUUGUUAAUUUUGGUUUAUAUUCGGGUCACUGUUGAAAUCACAAAGUGUGUUUUGUACUUUGAUCCAUAUUUACUUAAUUAUUCAAACUUCCCAAGGCACAAUACUGUACUCAUCAUCUCUUUACUGUAUAAAUCACAUCUUCAAAACCAUAACAUGCCAUUCAUAUGAAAAACCAAUAGCGUGCAAACCAAAGUUAUGCUGCCGUUGCUCUGUAUGCUUUGACGUGCUGUGUGUGUUUCCAGAUCUGUAAUAAUGAAGUUCGAUCUCUCCUCUUUGCCAGUUAACCAAAGCAUCUAAAACACACACAACAAAUGAAUGAAUAGCAGUGAAUAGGCUACAUCUUUCACAUGUGGAGAUCUUACUUAAGCAAUCAAAGCUUUUGUUUCCUACACAGUGAAUAGUGCUUGGCUAAAACAAUAGGAGCGUCUUCUGUACAAAGCCUGAUUACAGUUACAAUGCCUUUGCAGAGAGAUAACAAAUGCAUGGUAGAUUUGUGAUUGUAUUUUUAAAUGGCAAUAUAUUGUUUUGUUUUGUUUCCUUUUUAUUUCAUAUCACCCAAACAAACUACUUGAAACGUUCAAAGCUUUAAUCAAACAUUGUACAGUACAUCACUUUCACGUCAAAACGGUGACAAGGUCUUUCCGGUAAACUGUGUGUCGCUCCAUGUCUGCACGUAAGUCAUUACGGAAAACAAACCAAACCCAACAUAUCCAACAAUGACCAAAAUACAACCAAAAGCAUUUGUGCUACUUUUAUGUUGCGUUUGAGCUCAAAAAAACAGGUUUGCGGAUUUCAAAAGGCACUACUUUUACUUCAACAUACAUUUUAUUCUUCUGAAAAUGUCGUAAUGCUUUAUUGUUGCUAUAAACAUGUUGUAAAUGGCAAACACAGGACGGCUCUGUCAAUGUUGGAUUCUGAAAAAGUGAAAUUUUAAAAUUCGAUAAAAUGUAUGAAACACAAAACAAUGAAAACAUAAUAAUUCUGACAUGUUUCUAUUUAAGCUGCUCCAGAAAUGAUGAGUCCUUUAGUCAAACUGACACUGAAGACAAUUUUAAAUAGUUUUGUUCAAAAGCCAUUGGUCUGGACGGUGCUGUUUCUUUACAUUGAAAGGUAUUGUUUCUAAAUAGAGAAACAUACUGUAUUGUGCAAUAAUAUGGAAAACACAUUCUGUAGGAAAGGUUGGCUUUUUGAUUUUUCUCAUUUAGUUUUCAUUUUCCUCCUCAAAAAGGUCAUGUUGCUGUUUUUAGAUGAAGUAAACUGUGCCAGAUGAAUUAAAUUCUGAUUUAUAUUUAUUUCUUGCAUGCUUUCCUCCCUGUUGCUAUAGGCUACUGCUCUAUACUGCUCUUUAACUGUUCGCUCUGUUGGAUGUGUGAAGCUGUAAAACAUUCUAAUUCAGGUUAUUGUCUGUGUUGAACAAUGUAACUGUGUAAUUAAAACAUGAAAUCAAA